AUGGGAGCCGGCGGAGUGGUGCAGGCCGCCCAGAAGCGGGUCCGGUACCUCCGGGCCCUGAGAGUCCGCGAUUACUUCUACGGCGUCAUGAGAGACUUCAGCCCCUUCUCGGUGCUGGUGGACCUGGCCGACGUGCAGCUGGUGCAGGUGGAGGCGCAGACGUUGACCGCCUCCAUGCUGCCCCUGGGCCAGGAGGCUCAGAAGUCCGAAGACUUCGUGGCCGGAAUGCCCGGAGAAGCUAUGAGGCAUGUGGAAGCGCUGGGCUUUGGGGGCCUGAAACGGCGAAGCGAAUUCGCUUCGCUUCACUCGGAGACAGAGAGGGACUGGCCAGGCGAGGAGAAGAAGGGCUCCUUGAUGGCGCCGGUGCAGCGGCGCCCGGGGCUGCGCCAGGCCGGAAGCGCUGGAUUCGGCUGCCUCGCGAAGGGCAGCGAGGUGCAGCUGGAGAACUUGAGCCGCCGGGAGCUGAACGGGCUCAAGGGCACCGUGGUCACCGACAAGCCCGACGAGUUCGGUCGAAUCUAUGUGGACAUCGGGGGUGGGAAGAGCUUUCGAGUGCUGAAGAUCUCUCCGGAUCGGCUGAAGAGAGCAGGGGAGUCGGAGACGCGGCCGGCGUGGAUGCCGGCGGGGCGCCAGGGAUUGGAGGAGAUGGGCGCCAGCCACUGGUCCGCCUCCGGCAUCCGCACGGGCUUUCCAGGCUUUGGGAUCCUGCAGUCCAAGCAGUGGCAAUCCACGCCGGAGCUGCGGGAGAAGCACCACCAGCUCUCCCGGGUGUCCCACCGCUCCUACGUGAGGACCGUCUGCGGCGGCUUCAUGCCGGAGCCCUCCGCGGAGAGUGUUCGAAGCUUCACGGGCCAAGCCUCGCAGCUGGAGCACGCCCUGCUGGCGGUGGUGCGCGCCAACAGCAUGAACGAGGUCCUCUAUGCGCCCAUGUGCGGCCUGGUUCUGGUGACCAAGGUGGAGGACCAAGCACUGCAGCUGCUGUGCCCUGCACCCCCGCCGCUGCCGGCCUCCUACCUCCUGGUCGGGGACUUCAAGAACUUGAAGUUCAUCGACAUCUGA